UCAAAAUGGCCGACUUGGUUACCAGAAUUUGAUCUGCAGAAUGUUUGCAGUUAAAUUAUAGCAGAAUUUCAUGACAUACAUUAAUACGUCGAAGCAUAUCGACACAAUUAGGGAUUUUGAUUGCUAUUGUCUCCUGGCAGUUAUCAUAACAACUCAAUAUGCCCGUUUAUCUUCGCAAGAACGUCGUGUACACUCCACCAUCUAUAGAAAACGUAUCGGAUGAAGAUGAAGAUGACUACAUUCAAGACCCAGAACAAAUACGGGAUAUUUUACCACAGCCUUAUCGAAUGAUAAACAAACUUAUAAAUGGCAUUCUUGACGUUGUUUGGGAGGACGUGUCACAGAAAGAAAGUGCUCGAAUAGCAGAACAGAGCAAGAUCAGACCGCCGAAAUACGAUUGUGGAGUUGAAAUUCAGAAUCAGACACAUUGUAAAGCAACAUCCUUAGCAGACAGUGGCGAUGGAAGAUAUAUUUUCAUUGGUCUACCAAAUGGACUAUCAGUAAUGGAUGCCUCUACACAGAAACCAAUCACAAUAUGGGAAGAGGACAAUAUGGAGAUUGUCAAUAUCAGAUCACAUGUUAUGGGUGUACAAACCUAUCUCAUAGUCACACUUGAUGACAUGGGAACUGGAAGAUUAUUUGCUUUUGCAUUUGAUUGUCUCUUCAUGCUGAAAGUACUCAAUGAACAGGAGAGUGGAGCGAAACAUUUGGUCAGCAAAUGUGAAUCUUCCAAUGAAGGGGACUAUGCAGGAGUAGUGUUAGAAAACACAAGUACAAAAGAGACAUGGCUGGAGAUUCACAAGCUACCACGAGAUGCAUGGCUACGGGAACUUGAGGCUAUCCAGGCACAGAUUGCCCCCAAACAGAAUCCACAGGAGGAAACAUCUGGUGAGGCCCAGAAUACUGAAGGUCAUGGCACUGAAGGGGAGUCAACUCAGCUAAUUAAGCAGAUACAUGAGAAAUCUCGCUCUAGCAGUGCGUCGUCGGGAAAAUCAUCUUCAUCAGAUAGACAGAGAAAGAAAAAUCGCUCAGACUCCAAGAAAGGGCGUGGCAAAGAUCGAAGUGGCUCUCCCAAGCCUUCCACUCCACCCCCCAUGACUGGUAACCCGGGGGACAAGAUGUCGUACAAGUUCACUGCACCCACCCUGGUGCUGAAAGUUAAACCUCCUACACCACUCACAGCUAACACCUCAUCUUCCACAUACUCUGCAUGUCAAAAGAUUGACUCAGGGGAGGUAAUUGGCACUGGCCAGAGUCACCUCCUCUCUGCCAACCACUUGGAGGGUCGGGACACCAUGUUCAACCAUCUGCAUGAAAACCUCCUGAAGUAUCUCCCUAAAGAUAAAACUGAGGAAGAGAUAGUAGUAGCCCCAACUUUCCACUUCCUAAAUGCUGGAAGGAUGGUGCCUCAAGGCUUAGAGCAGCCCUCUCAAGCAGGGCUGCCAACCACUGUUGCUGUGUGGUGGACUGGAGGGUCACAUGUCACGCACUACUCCCUGCUCAAGACAGCCAAAGAUUUUGAGCACAAGCCUGAUGUAGUGUGGCCAUUCAGCUGCAGGAUCCGCUGCUCCAGCGUGUCCUCCUGCACUGUCCUUCUGGCGGUUGGCCUUGAGAACGGCACGGUUGUCUUGUGGAACAGAUACCUGGGUAUAGACAAAGGGGUGAUCCGUAUUUGUCAGGAUGUGCCCAUUGAGAGGUUGAAGUUCCUGGAUCCAAGUAUUACACAACCAGCCAGCCAGGGUUAUCCCCCUUACAGGAAGAAGAGACAUCUGUCUGCUGAUCCAGAGCCGGAAUGGGGCAGAGUUCAUCUACAACACAGAGGAUGGCCCACAGACAACACCUAUCUGUCUGACACGAGUAUAUUCUCAUUUACCUGCUACUUUCCCUUCCACUCCAGGCCUGACAAGCAGGAGGAGAAGGAGACCAUUCUUGACACAAUGCCUGAUGUUCCAGAACUGCUGCUGGUGGCACAACAGAACGGCUCCCUGCUGCUGAAGGAUGUCACCACUGGCUCCAACCUGUGUCAGAUGACCUUGCCCUCCACUCACCAGCUGACCAACCCAUGGGAACCUGUUCUGGCCUUUGGGUCAGGAGGGCAACUGUUGUAUGUCAAAGGUACAAAGAUACCUGCAGAAGAUGAAUCUGAAGUGGAAGAAGAGACUGAGAUUGAAGAAUCUCCUCCUGAGGCCAGCAAGUCGUCUCUGUUCAUGUUCCAGCUGCGUUCCUUCCCCUCCCUUGACCCAUACUGGAAACGUGAACGUGAAGUCGUCUCGUACCUGGUCCACACCACCCUAGAGCAGAGGCUGGAAGUACUUAUGAAGGAGAGGUUGGCACAGCAGGCCCUGCGUAAGACGAGGAUGCAGAUGCGUUGGGGGAUGUUGCGGCAAGAGUUGGACCUCAUACAGCAGUCUCGGGAUGUGGCCAAGAGGAGGGCGCUGUCCAGAGUGCCACUGAGUGCAUCUACCUACAAAUCCUCAGCUUCCAUCCUUCUUCUAUGAUACAGCAGACCUCUUGUGGUGGAGACACAGGAAUCACUCCCAUCUUGUCAUAGAGAACAUAGUGUACUUGGUACAGAUAACAUCACAUGGAGGAGAAUGAUCUGUUGAUCAUGCAGGGGCCUCCUUCCUUAAAGACAUCUUAGCACUAAGAUGACCAUAGCUCCCACACUUUAUCAUAGACUUAAGAUGGACAUAGUGCCAAUAUUGCUUUGUGAAACAGACAUCUAGUAUGCAAAAGUCUGAAAGAAGUUAAAUAUCCCGAGCCUUCUUCCACAAAGUGAUUGUAAGUGUUCAGGUGAUCAUAACUCUCAUAUUUUCACAGGACAUCCGGAUGUCUUAGCGCUAUGAUAUAGUUUUGGAAAAGGGCCAGAAUUCCCAUUAACAAAAGUCUGAAAGAAGUUGAAUAUCCCGAGCCCUCUUCCAUAGAGUGAUUGUAAGUGUUAAGGUGAUUAUAACUCUCAUAUUUUGACAGGACAUCCGGAUGUCUUAGCGCUAUGAUAUAGUUUUGGAAAAGGGCCAGAUUUCCCAUUAACAAAAGUCUGAAAGAAGUUCCGUCCAAAGCCCUCUUCCAUCAUAUCUCUAAUGUAAGUGACCGUAACUCUGAUACUUUAACAUUGAUUAUAGACUGUCUUAGCACUACGGUAGCCUUCUGAAAAGGCCCCUAGUACUCAAAAGUCUGGAAGAAGUUCGGCAGUUAGAUUAUACUGGACUCAAAAAGAUACCCUCUCUUUGACAUAAAUGUAUAUUGCUACACUGUUACUGAAAAAAGAACAUCUCAGAGUGGAGUUGAUCACUUCCUGAGUAUCAUUAGACCCUUGUAUAAAUUAUUACUUAAUAUGUACAUACAUGAGCUUUUUGAAAUUUCAUUGUUACAUAUCCGUCCCAGUUUUAUGCUGACACUGUGAUAUUGAUGUAAAAUUAUACUUGAUGACUUUGUUGUUUAAUACUUUAUGUUUCAUAUAUAUAUGUGAAGUAUUGAUAGCUGCUAUUACUGGCUGUACAUUAACAUUACUUGCCUAGAAUGAUGUGUUUUGUACAUUUCUUUCAGUUAUGGUGAUAAAAACAUUAGACUAUU